AUGGGAGAACAAAACAAGUUAUAUUAUGACAUCGAGAAACUGCUAAAUUCUUUGCAGGAAUCUUUUGAUCUAGAUUGCGCUCAAAGUGUAUCAGUUUUCACUAGUAAAUCAAGAAGUAAUGAGGUCUGGUUGGAAGAACUAGAGAAUAGAUUUAAAUUAAAAGAUGAUAUUGAGCUUGAUGACGUGGAAAAUCUUAGAACUGAGAUUGAUAAUAAAUUAGAAAUGUUGGAGGACAAAGUAAACUACUAUGAAAAACUUUGCAAAGAAUUCGAAGAGUUUCAGAAUGAAAUGAAAAUUAAGACCGUUGUUAACAACAGAAGACAAUCGCGAACUCCAAAAUGA